GGAGGGGGGGCGAGGAGGGGACGGAGGAGUUGGUGCAGUCCGUGCGGACCGAGUCGGGACAGCAGCGGGAGCGGCGCAAUCGACGGAACGAGCAGCAGCAGCAGCACCAGCAGCACCAUGGCAACGGCCCGCGGCCCGGCCUGGCUCAGCGCCGCCGUGUCCGCCCUGCUCUGGCUCAGCCUAGCACCGGCCCGCGGACAGAACGAGCCAAAGAUCACUUCAUCUGAAGACAUUGUUUUAAAACAGCCAAGCCCACCCAUCUUCCUAUUUUGUAACCUGACCUUGGCACCAACUCCCAGCAAUGGCAGUUUUUGGAUGAAAGAUGGAGAAGAGAUUUCUGGGACCAAGAGUUCUACUGCUGCAAACAGCACAGAGCACAAGAUUAACAAACCAAAAACUGAGAGUUCUGGAGAGUAUCACUGUGUCUUCAUGUUUGAAAAUUCUCCUUCAGUCAAUGCCUCCAUUGAAGUCAAAGAGACUUUUGGACUAAAUAAGUACCAGCGAAUUCUCCUUCAACCUGGCAGGAAAUCUGAACGCCAUGGGUUAAACAGAGCACUUCCUGAAAUCAUUGGUCACAAGAGGAGUGAGAAUAAGAAUGAGGGACAAACUGCUCUCAUGUACUGCAAGUCUGUAGGAUACCCACAUCCUGUUUGGACCUGGCGCAAGAAGGUGAACGAUGAAUUUGUGGAACUGAAUAAUGCUAGUGGUCGCUAUUUCAUCACAAACAAAGACAACUACACAGAACUGAUUAUUGAGAACCUGCACAUCCAAAAUGAUCCAGGCGAAUACUUGUGCAAUGCUUCAAAUUACAUUGGACACAACUCUUUUAUCACUAUCCUGCGUGUCCGUAGCCACCUGGCACCUCUGUGGCCCUUCCUAGGGGUUGUGGCAGAAAUCUUAGUUCUGGUCAUCAUCAUUGUCGUAUAUGAGAAGCGAAAGAGACCAGAUGAGGUCCCUGAUGAUGACGAACCAGUUUCUGGACCAAUGAAAACCAAUUCCACAAACAAUCAUAAGGAUAAGAAUUUGCGUCAGAGGAACACCAACUAAACCUUGGUUGUCAGAACUAUGGAUUUCUGAAGAUCAUUAUCAAAUAAGCGUGGGUAUCAGUCGAGGACUCUCGAGAUUGUUGGUCUAAUGGACGGGUUUUAACUUCCCUGUUGUCUAAGAAGGAAUAAGAUGACUGUGUGAAGCAUGUUUUGCCUUAUUCAAUCUCUCCUAAAGAAUAAAGUAUUAAGAAGAUCGCUUUGCAAGUUUAAUUCUGAUUAUUUCAAAUUGAUAGGAUGUACUUUGGGCGCUUAAUGUGCUACUUAUUGAUGCUUGAAUUUCUUUUUCCCUCCCCACCCUUACCCUGUGAUUCUGUUUCUGUAGAUGCAUGCAGUGUUUUAUUACUCCUGGUGUGCUCAUUCACACAUGCUUCUUCAUGUGGCACUCCCUAACUCCAUGGUUCCUUUCAUUCUGUCCCUGAACACCUGCUAAAUAACUCUGUCACUCAAAUGAUAUUUGUUUUGAAUUUGUAUAUAUCGCAAAUUUUAGUGUCAGGCAAAUCAGAACAUAUAAAAAAAUGAUGUAUAUCCUAUUGCACUGAUCUGGUAGAGGUUAAGGCUAAAAUAGCUAGCUCUUCCACUGAAUGCCAUUUCAUAGCCCUGUUCUUGAUGUCACGUUUUUACAUAGUUAUUGCAUGGUAGUAUCCUAUGCAAGUUUGAAGGAGCAAUUUAUUAGUUUCCUUUUUUCUUUUAAAUUACUGGUCUGAAAUUCUCCCUCUGUUUUGUUUGAGCACUUAAAUAAAGCUUUAAUGUUGUGACUUUUUUCUUUCAAAAGUAAUUUUUGUUGUGUAAAUGCAUGAGAUUGCACAUUUACCUGUGAUUAUUCUAAUCAUUAAUCUAACUCCAUGUACAGUAUGUUGACCCACUGAUUUUUAAAAAUAAAGAAUGACACUGAA